AUGAAUCUUAGAUUGCAAUUAGCUCAAGUGUUGAACCUCUUCUAUGUGGUGACCUCGGCCUACAUGUUCUGGAAGGGUCUUUCAGUCGUUACAAACUCAUCAUCUCCAAUCGUGGUAGUUUUAUCAGGUUCUAUGGAACCAGCUUUCCAAAGAGGUGAUAUUUUAUUCUUAUGGAAUAGAGAUGAACAAGCUAAAGUUGGUGAUAUUGUUGUUUAUGAAAUAAAUGGUAAAUCUAUACCUAUUGUCCAUAGAGUCUUGAGAGAACAUCAUAAUGAUAAAAAACAAUUACUAUUAACCAAAGGUGAUAAUAAUCCUGUGGAUGACUUAGGAUUAUAUGCUUAUAAUCAAAACUACUUGAACAAACAAAAGGAUAUCGUCGGUACUGUUAAAGGGUAUUUCCCAACUGUUGGUUAUAUUACAAUCUUAUUAACAGAAAAUCAAUACUUCAAAUAUGGUAUUCUAGGGUUAAUGGCAGUGUCUUCGUUGUUGUCAAAGGAAUAA